CUGAUGUAAACAAAGAAGAGAAAAAUGUCUCGGGGCGGAGAAUUGGUCUUUAAAACUAAGAAAACCUCCGAAAAGAUCUCCGAAAACAUACAUAUUUUCGCAAAUGAUCCAUCGUUGGCCUUUUUCCGUGUCCAGGAACAUGUGCGCAAGGUUUCCCCGGCGAUAUUCGAGAAGCGCGAUGAGGUGUUCCAGCUGCAGAACAAUCUCCAGGGGCACUGCUACGACAUGGAAUACGGAAUUCAAGCCCUGCGCACCAUUGAAAAGUCGGAGAGUGUCUUCGACAACAUACAGGAAAUGAUAAAGGCAUCGAUUUUCCUGAAGCAACAAUUAAAAUACGAGGAAAAUCGCAAGAAAGUGAAGAAGGAGAGCACCAAAUCAUCGGUUUACAAGCGUUUCUCUGCCCAUCUUGCCUUGGACCUGCCGGAACUGCCCGAUUUCGGUGGUGUUAUGCGUGAAACUAGCCAACGGAUGGAGAACAUGAUAGGUCCUACUGCGGGAACAUCUCGAACAGAGGCCACCACGUCACAGGCCCAGCCACAGGCCAGUAAUCCAGGAGAGCUCCAAAGAUCCUAUACGACGCUACACUAGUUCUAAAAUCUAGAUCUUAUAAAUUGUUAUAAAUACUGUAACUAUAGCUAUGUUUUUUAAGACGGAAAACUAAUUGUAAAAUUAAUCAAAUGGUAUUCUAUAUACGCUAAAUAUAC